AUUGAACGAUUCGUUGAAGAACCGAACAUUACUAUUAGGAACGACACAAUCAUCGGCUAACCGUUAGCUCCACUAAUGCUUCAUAAAAUAAUAAGCGUUACGCGUCGAUUUCCCUGUGUGGCAUAUAAAGAGACAUUUCAUCUGCGGUUACACCUCUGAUUACAUUAAUUUUUUCUUAAGAAACAGAUGUUUACCCCUCACCAAACGGGGCGUCCAGCUUCGCCUCACCCGGUUUUACAAAGUGUUUACGGACGCUGCGCUGUUUGUAAAGUACACCUAAACUCUUCUGCAGACCCCAGACUUCUGCCUUGCCUGCAUAUAGUUUGCAAUUCGUGCCUUACGAAGAUCUGCACAGAUGGAGCCACACGAGAUUGUCCAUUAUGUGCACAGUCCUUUUGCUUGUCUGAGGUCACAGAAUGUGCCAUUUUUGAAGACACGUCCAACAAUAACAAGAUUCCCAAGUGUGCCGGGUGUGAAGAGAGUGAGGUUAGUGGAUGGUGUGUCCAGUGUGAGGAGGCGCUGUGUUUGGACUGUACUUCUGCUCAUCAUAGGGUAAAAGUGACCCGUGACCAUGAAGUCACACCCAAAAAACCACCCACAGGUUGGAUACAGAGAAGACCCUGUCCCUCACACACUCAGGAGAGCUUGAGGUUCUUCUGUCUUGUUUGUGAAGAGCUCACCUGUAAGGACUGUCAGCUGAUCACUCAUAGGGGCCACAGUUUUGUGCAGCAGGAGGAAGCUGUGGGAUCUCAGAGACAGCAGCUGCAGAGUUUGUUGGACUCCAUCAAACAUCAGAAAGAUACAGUCAUCAGCAGCCUGCUGCUCCUAGAGGCAAGAUUGAAGGAAAUUGAACGAAUUAAAGUAGCAGCAAAGAAGAUGUUGACACAGGUAGUCCACUCCAUUUAUCAGACUCUGGUUCUGAAAGCGACACAGAUGUUGAAGCUGAUAGAGGCUGUAUUUGCGGAGGAGGUGGGGUGUUUGUUGGAGAAGAAGACAUCUCUGAACAGGUUGGAAGGCUGUCAGGAGUAUAUAGCAGCUUUUAUUGACAAGAUCCUAUGCACAGAGGGCCACUGCCUCCUGGUCCACGCAAAAAGGAUUGAGACCCAGGGGAAAAAGCUUCUGUCCCAGAAGGCAAACGCCCCCGAGACCAUGAUUGAACUGCACCUUCAGAUUCAGAAUGAGCUCUGUCAGCACAUUAUGAAAUUUGGAUUUUUGAGGAUUAGAAAGGUUCAUGUCCCAUUUACCACUCAGAGAACUGAUUCCACUCAGUUAGACUCUGUGUCUGGGAAAAGCUCAAAUCCUAAUUCUCCUAUAACUGCUGAUUUUCAUCCUGCACCCAGAUCCUCAAGUGUAGAUGCACAGGUUCCUGGUGAAUGGAUUUUCAACAGCUCUGCACUGCGUCCCUGUGCCUCCUCUAGGACUGUGCAAAUGAACCAGUCCCUUCAUAGAGUGCUUGAUCCAUCUCAACCCAGCCAGCCAUCUCAUUCUAACCAGGCCCACUCUGCAUGUAACAGUGUUGCCUCAUCCCAACCGAAUCAAUCUAAACGUUCCUCUUCAGACCUUCAUAGUUCAUCUUCCUCACCAUCUGUCCAAGUCCAGUCUCAUGAAGUCAUGCCUCAGCAAUCCAAACAUGCUUACAGUCCCUCACUGAACCCAUAUUUUCCUCAGUCUGCUUCUAAACCUCACAUUCAUUAUUCUCCGUCUGUUUAUUCUCAGCCUCUUCUUCCACUCAUGAGCUGCACAGCAUCUCAAAUAAACAAUAACUCUGAGUCAGCCAAACGUGGGAAGGCUGAUUGCCCCACCAUGCAGGUCUCUCAAACACACUUACUCAUCCGCCCAUUACCAGUCAACAAUCAAACACCUGUAACAACUCAUCCAAUACCAGUCAACAAUCAAACACCUGUAACAACUCAUCCAAUACCAGUCAACAACCAAACACUCACACCAACUCAUCCAAUACAAACCAACAACCAAAUACCUGUACCAACUCAUACAGCACCCAUCAACAACCAAACACCCAUACAAAUUCACCCUAUGCCAUCCAGCAACCAAACACCUAUACUAACUCAUCAAACAUCAGCCAACAACCAAACACUCAUGCCAACUCAUCCAAUGCUAGCAAACAGCCAAACACCCCUACAAACUCAUCAAACAGCAGUCAACAACCAAAAACAACCAAUUUCAGUCAACAACCAAACACCCAUACUAACUCAUCCAGUACCACCCAACAACCAAAUGCCUGUAUUAAUUCAACCAAUGCCAGCCAACAACCAAUCAACCAUACUAACCCAUUCUUUACCAAUUUGCAACCAAGCACUCAUACUGACCCAUCCAAUACAAACCAAUUUCAUGGGGCCUGGACAUUCUUUUUCUAUGCAACCCAAUAUUCCCUUAACUGUCCUUUCAACCAUAAACACACUUUCUUUAAAUGACGCUACUGCAGCCAAUGGCCCUUGUGCACCAAAUCCCUCCAGUACAAUUUCUAAUACCAUCCCAAGCACAGCUAGUGGUUCUUUACUUCCUGUAAACCCAAUGUCUUCUGCUACCAUUAGUGGCAACGACACCCACCAGAGUAAGAGCAGCACCUACAAUAGUAUUAACGUCCCAGUCAAGGCCUUGGCUGAUUCUGCCUGUGAUCAGGAUGCAGACGUGAGCAGCACGAAUUUCACUGAUACGGAUCAUCUGGAGAGCAACUUGCACACCUCCCUUGUGUCAGAGACCGCUCCAAAAGAUCCUUCACCAGAUCCUGCCCACUCCUCUGGCCCAUCCAACAUUCACCAGGAUUAUCUCUCCACCAUCACAGAAAAAUGCUCAAGGCAAACUCUAGACAAUCAGCCAUCGACCAAGGACUACUCUAGACCAAAACACUGGAGCGUUGGAAUGCCGACAACUUUCCGUCAGCUUGUAGAGACAACAAGCAUACCUGUCACGUCCAAAGACAAUCUGAACACCACACCUCCGGCGGAUUCAACUCCUUGUAGCACAUCAGAAGACCUUGACGGGGAGAGGACAACUCAUGACGAGACUGUCAGAAGUGCUUUUGACUACAGGGAGGUGAAAAAAGAAGACAAUGAAUCUUCAGUAACGCUGGAACACUUCAGGAGACAAAUCAAACAACUCAAGAGGUCUUUACGUGUUUCUCUUGAGUGUCUGCCCAUCUCUCUGCCUCCAAGUGGACAGCCACUCCCAGAGUUCCACCUCACUACAGACGCCUCCACAGGUCACAUCUUUGUGCAGGAAUCCCAGGGCGGACAGGUUUACCAGGUGUGGAGAUGGCAUAAAGAUCCAUUACCAUCUAGAUCCUCUUCUUGCUCUGUAUCCCAAGACAGCGACAGCUCCUCGGCAUCUGAUGUAGAGUUCUGUGCCGUGUGUCUGUCUGCAGGAGCUCCACUUCUGUGUGCAAAAUGUGGCUAUGCUUUUCACUAUGACUGUCACAUCCCACCAAUUCUCAAAAAACCUUGUAAGGACUGGGUGUGUUUGCUAUGCCAGGAUGUAAAUGAGACCGUUGUGUAUGGCAGUGAGGAGAUGAGGACGCCUAAUCUGAGUCUGGAAGAUCAAAGAAAGUGUGAGAAGCUUCUCUUUGGUCUCCUGUGUGAAGAGAACAAGAGCCUGCUCUUCAGCGCCACCAAGAAUCACUCAAAAACAGCCGAAUUUGAUAUAAUACUCGGCCGACUCCUGGGGAAACGUAAGCCACCUUAUCGGACAGUUGCUGAGCUGGUGUCAGAUGUUUGGACUCUUUUUGACAUCUUGAUGAUGAACUCUGAGAGGAAAAACAUGGUUGUCAAACUUAAACAAUCUUUCCAGCAACAGCUGAAUGAAUCUUUUGGGAAGAGUCUCCAUGCUUCUCUCCUAAAUCACUCAAGCAGCAAAGAUCCAAGCAGAACACCAGAGACAGAGACUGAACAGGAGAAGCACAGAAACACUUUGAAACGCAUGAGAGAGUUUUUCACUGCGAACUGUGGCACAGCUGCAAAGAAAUCCUGCACUGAUAAAGGGAAGGAAAAGGAUGGCUGUGAAGAUAAUUACAGCUGCUGAAUAUUAAAGCCUUAGUCAUGACUUUUGAAAAUUCUUCUGUAUUCUCUUGUGAAGUGGGAACCAGACCAAUUUCUGUUUAUUAUUGUAGUUUGCUUAUUUAGAUUUAACUUUAAGUAAGAUGUGUAUUAAACAGAUUAUUUUUAUCCAAGACCA